AUGAGGGAAGACGACAGGGUAGAUCCUUUAGAAGCUCAAUUCGAAGCUCAACAAGAACUUGCUUCUCUUCAUYGCAAAUAUCGGUGCCUGUCCAAUGAUAAAAGGACUUAUGCGACCGAAACGCAAAACAUCAUCCGACGACAAAAGGCGGCAAUUGAAAAGUUGCUGCGAGAAAAGAAAGAAUUACUGACUUUGRGMAAUGUAGCUGGACGGCUUUGGAAUAAGUGGUGCGACGAAAACAACUUAAAUGAACUGAACAAACUGCUGGAUAAAGAGAAAUUAGUUCAAAGAGACAUUGAUWUGGAGAAGGAAUUUAUUUCAAAGUUGGACGAAGCAGAGAAGAUCCUCGAAGAAAAAAUCAUCGAGCGACGACGAUCCAUGAAAUCGAGUYCCAGCUUAAGUCAGGCGAAGUACAUUGCUACAAAGAAACAGAUUCGAGUGAUGAAGAAUCGUUUGGACAACGUAAAUAAAAAGGUCAAUUUUGCCAUGGCUGGAAAUCAGAUAUUACGAGAAAAGAUUGAUAGCAUAAUAAGACAAAAAGACCGAUUCCAGGAACUCUACCUGCGCUUGGAAAACAAACUGUUUGACGUGAGUUAUGAAAUUGAAACAGUAUCGGAAACWACAACAACUAACUUUCACACAAGGGAUGAGGCUCAGCACCGCAUGUCGAACUUGCGUGAACGAGAAGAAAGGGAACUAGCUAUGUUUAAGAGUGACGUUAAAGACUUUGCGAGAGCCAUCGAACAUGAUCGCAAACUACAAGACUUCAUGACUGCUAAAGAGAAGGACUGCACGGAUAUCCUUAGAGAUGAAAUUAUGACGAGAGAGAUCAAAAAGMUGGGUAUUCACUUGGAUGGUUUGAGCCUGGAARCGAAGAAAUAUGAAAAGGUUUUUGAGAAGAUCAAGGAAGCCACAGGUAUCUAUGAUACCGAUACACUUGUGUCGUCAUUCAUUGARAAAGAGGAUACKAACUUUGCGCURUUUAAUUACGUGAACGUCAWGAGCACUGACAUCGAAAGUUCUCAAGAUGAAAUUCACUUCCUAAAAACCGAAAUGGAAAACAUCGAAAAUGAAGCCAUUGCCCGUGAUUUUCGGCGGAAAGAAAUUUUACGUGAGCUUGAAGUACAACUUAGAAAAUUAAAAUCACAGUUGACASCCUCGCAAAGGAAGGCGAAAGCUGACGAACACGUCUUGGAACUAGCAAAAUCAAAAAUCGARAAGCUCUUUAAGACCAYCAAGUGUGAUCGCACGGCCAUAUCCGAGCUUCUUGGAGGAGGUACAAGUAUCGAUGACUACAAUGCCGUUCAAUAUUUAGGAAUCAUUGAGCAAAAGUGUAAUGAGCUUCUUCAAAUCAARGCGCUACAUCGACUCAAAAWAUACGGGGAAGCUGACCCUAAAGAGGUGCAUGUUUUGGAAGGGCUUCUUCAAGGYGSAGGACCACAACAAGCACACAAAGACUUGUCCAUAGUUCCACCCAACACUGACGAAGAAACCGAUCUAAUGCUGCAAGCCUCCGAUUAUAAACCGCUAUCCAUGGAAGAGGUUCACGUUCUUUGCACUGAAGUUUCGCAGAGGGGAGGACUAAGCAGAGGAGUAGGGACUGGGGUUACAUCAARGCAGRUCAAGAAAAAAGCAACCAUAAAGACUUAUUAAAUUUUGUAGUUAUUGACACAUUUGUGCAUGAUUAAUUCUUUCUCUUGCAUAGUAUUAACUAAAAUAAUUUAUCAAACUAAAUACAAUUUAUCAA